AUUAGCCACAAUGAGGCGCCCCAAGCACAAUACCACAUCUCUGCCUCGGGAACUGCGUGAGGAGCUGGGUUUGAGAGAUUCCUACGGGGACAAGAAGCGGAAACGAAGCGGACCAGUGUCACGCAGAGAUCGACGCCAAACCGAGACAGCAAACAAGAGACAACGAGGACCCGUUUCGAAGAAACGAAGUAUUCCAGCGUUCAACAAUGAUGGCGACGAGGACGAGGGCGAUGGCGCUUCUGGGUUUGGCUCUGAGUUUGAUGUAUCUGAUGAUGAAGGGGAAAUGGGUGCGCCUCGAAAGUCCAGUACGAAGCAGACGGAGCGGAAACCUAAAUCGAUUCUAAAGAAGUCCAAGCCGUCGAUAUCUGAGGAUUCAGAUUCGGAUUCGGACUUGGAACAAGAUCACGAUGAUGAUGACGAUGCGGAUGACACUGAUAAAGAGCAACCUGCUCCGCGAAAAAUCUCAGAGACCGUCAAGGCCCGUUUGGCGGAGGAUGAUGCGGAAAUUGCUGCAUUGGAAAAGAAGCUAGGUCUUAAAAAGGGGAAGAAACUUCCGAAAUCUUUCAUGGAAGAUGGACUGGGCGAAUUGCUGGGCGACUUGGACGGUGGCUCAGAUUCCGAGCGGCGGAAGCGCAAACUCGAGGCGGAUGAGUGGCUACGAAAUAAGAGACGAAAGGCCCAGGGUUUACCGACCGAGGAAAAGAGCGAUUCUGAGAGCGAUGAAGAUGGUAUGGGCGAUCUACUUGAUAGUGAGGAGGAAGAGGAUGAUGGCCUAGGAAGUGAAGAUGAUGAAGAAUUCGGGGACGAAGACGACGGUUUCGAGGGAUUCGACGAUAAAAAGAGCCCUCGUCCAAAGAAGAGAGAAAACCCUUACGUUGCGCCUGUUGCGAAACCAGACAACGAACGAUCCAACAAAUACAUUCCCCCAUCACUCCGCGCCCUCUCCAAUUCUGAGACCGAAUCACUUACCCGACUACGACGGCAAGCGCAAGGACAUCUCAAUAAACUUUCCGAAUCGAAUCUCGUCUCUAUCCUUGCGGAGAUCGAGAAAUUGUACCGCGACUAUCCUCGACAAAAUGUCACGUCGACCUUGAUCUCCUUGUUACUGGGCCUUAUCUGUGAGCGGUCGGCUCACCAGGAUACCUUUAUCAUUCUGCAUGCAGGGUUCAUCGCUGCAAUCUACAAGGUCAUAGGCAUGGACUUUGGCGCGGAGCUCGUGCAGAAAAUGGUUGAAAGGUUCGACGCGGCUGGUAAUGAUAGGAGCAAUUUUGAAGGAAAGGAGUCUGUCAACUUAAUAUCUCUCCUUUCGCAAUUAUACAAUUUCCACGUCGUCGGGAGUACUUUGGUGUUUGACUACAUUCGGAUCUUUCUGCAAGACAUCACAGAAGCAAACACCGAGCUGCUUCUAAAGAUCAUCAGAAACUCCGGCCCACAGCUUCGACAAGAUGACCCUUCCGCAUUAAAAGACAUCGUCCUUCUCAUCCAACCUGCUGUUUCUAAAGUCGGCGAGGCAUCUCUUUCAGUUCGUACAAAAUUCAUGAUCGACACCAUUACCGACCUGAAGAAUAACCGGGUCAAAGCCGCCGGCGUCGGCUCCAGCAUUGCUUCCGAACACAUUACCAAGAUGCGCAAGAUUCUAGGAGCCCUAAACAACCAUCGCGUCAUUCGUGCCUCGGAGCCCAUUCGUGUUUCACGGACAGACAUUCUCAACUCGACAGAGAAGGGGAAAUGGUGGCUUGUGGGCGCCAGCUGGAAAGAAGACCCUCUCGAAUCUGCACGACAGGAGCUUUCCGCGCUUCCCUCUUCCUUGAAUGAUUCCAACGCAUACACGUCCAAAGAAGUCAAUGAUGAUGAAGACAAGGAACCCGAUCUGCUAAGCAUCGCCAAAGCCCAACGUAUGAAUACCGACGUCCGCAGAUCUAUCUUUGUGGCCAUAAUGUCCGCAACAGACUACCAAGACGCACAUGUUCGCCUUCAUAAGCUCCGCCUUAAACGGGCCCAGGAUUUCGAAAUCCCUCGCGUCCUCAUCCAUUGUUGCAUGGAAGAGGAAUCCUAUAACCCGUACUACACCCUGAUAUCCCGCCGGGUUUGCGGUGAGAUGGGCCGCCGCAUCAAAGUCUCUUUCAUGUACACCUUGUGGAAUGUAUUCAAGAAAAUGGGAGAACGAGGGGACCUGGACAACGAGGACGACGAUGACGGUUUCGGCGCCGACGAUAACGAUGACGAACAGGUCACCAUGAAAGCAAUCGUCAAUCUAGCGAAGAUGUACGGCUCCCUCAUAGCUGACGGGACACUGACGCUUAGUAUUUUGAAGAAUCUCAACUUUGCGUACCUCCAACCCAAAACUAAGGCCUUUGUUGAAUUACUCAUUAUCACCGUACUCCAACAGUCUCAGAAGAAACAGAAGAAGAAACCGGGAAAGAAGAGCAACUCUGAGCCGGAGGGAGACUCGGAUGAGAAAGAUACUAAAGCACUCACGGACAUCUUCUUCCGGACGCGGGACACGCCGCAAAUCGUCAAGGGGCUGAUCUUCUUCGUUCGCAAGGUGGUCUCUAAAACUGAUAUUGUUUCUGGGAAGGAGCUUAAGUUGGUCCGGUGGGGGUGCAAAGUUGCUCUAGAUGCGUUGGGGGUCGUUUCGAGCCAGGAAGAUGGUCUGGCUUGAGUUUAUUCCUUGGGAUGCUCUGUUUUGUAUAUAUACCGGUUAAGAUUCCCUGCUAUUUAUUAUUUACGACUGGAAAAGAGACUAUUUUA